AUUCCGUCCACUGGAAAUAUGUCAGUCAAGCAACUCCACCGCCUACCGCUGUGGCUAUUGCUGCCGCCAUGUCCUCCAGCACCAUGUCGCCUUCAGCCCAAGGAACACCUAGUCUGUCGACUUCACUCACCGAGCCACAACAACCAUUGUCAUAUCAGCAACAUCUUCAGCCGUUCCUUCCAGCACCUCCUCCUCCUCACACGAGUCAUCCCACGCGAACCAAUGCAGGGAUCGCAUCUUCUCCUCCCGCCUACCACACGCGUUGUUUGGCCCGCAUUGACGAUAAAAUCUACAUGCCUUUCAUGACGGUGGAGCCGGUCUGCUUCAUCUUUGAUAUGAAGACGUACACUUGGGAACCGUCGCCCCGUAUAAUCACUCACAAAUGUCCCGAUUACACCCCGUUCAUCACCCCCAUCGUUGCUAUUGGUCAUCAUAUCUACCUAUUUGGAGGCCGCUGCAUCUAUCAGGGAACGCUAUCCAACGAUCUCUACGUUUUGAACACGACAACGUUCGAACUGGAAAAAAUCCAAAACGUCACCGGUCGGUUGCCAGGGCCUAGAUUCGACCAUUCAUUGGACGUGCUGCACGAUCGUUACCUUGUCAUUUUUGGUGGACUGUGCGCGGAUUCCUCCGGCGAAAACGAUUUAUUUCUGUACGAUACGUUAACACAUAUCUGGAUUGAACCAACGACGCACGGUCAAAUACCUGCUGCGCGUUUCGGUCAUGCCACGUGUCUCGUGGGCGAUGAUUUUUACGUGUUUGGUGGCUGCCGCAUCGACGCUGAUACCAACAUGGUGUACGAUGUACUGUAUCGUCUGGAUUGCCGGACAUGGAUAUGGUACAAGUACGAUCAUCCGGAAGCCAUGUCCUACCGAAGGCGAUUGCGAAGAACCAACAUUUCUCACUCGCUUCGAGAAGAUUUCGUGUUGGUGACGACAGGUCAACCACCGCGCGAUCGAUUCGGUUGCACCAUCUGCUAUGUCGGACAUAAGAAACUCGUCAUCAUUGGUGGUCAAACCAUUCGUCAAGAUGGUGACGACACCAAUACCUUGCACGCUUAUUCAGUCAUGGCCGUGGAUGUAUUUGAUCUUCGCCAUCGUCACUGGUCAUGGUUGACUACAUCCGUCCCAUCCGCAUCAUCCGCAUCGGGCGCAUCCAUGCUUUCCGACAGCGCCAAUAGCACCAACAGCAGUUAUCUAGGUACCAACAUUUAUCCCAAUAAUAUCAGCUGCAUCGUUCUGAAAGACCACGAAACUACCAGCAAAGCAACUCAAAUUUUUGUCAUUGGGCAACACCGCACGUUUGCUGCAUCGACGGAUUCGAGCGGGCGCACCACCGGCACCACCACCACUUCUGGCGGAGAAAGCAGUACCACCAAUAGCGAUGGCAUGGCUUCUUCCACAUCACCCCCGCGUCGAUCGUCCCUGUUGACGCAACCGUCGUUGACUUCGCUUCGAUCCACCAUUGAACCGCCCGAACCCGGUAUCGUGGCCCCCAUCCCUCGAAGUGUUGGUAUGGUUCUUACCCCUUCGGCCACCGUCGCGUCGCCAUGGUCCGAACCCCCGCAACGGUCUCUUUCCCAAACCUCGCAAUACAGUGUCAGUCGAGCGAUCGCCGAUUACGAUGGUUACCUCGACAACUCAAUCUGGAGUCAAACAGAUGCCGUGCCUACCCCGACCGCGUCAACGCUGCAGACUAGUCAACCGCCUACCCCUUUAACGACUUAUACUGCGGCUUCACCCUCCGCUUCGCUCGUGACAGGUCAAUAUCCUGAUACCUCGUCUGAAUCAGAGCUCCUGCCUCAUUCUGGAUCUAGUACUCAAACGUAUAUCCACUCCGUCUACAGUGGAUCCGGCAGCCCCACCGCCACCAUCCCUCGGGAUAAUCGACAAUACUCUUCCGAGUACCUUAGUCUGAUGCUGGUCCUGAAUGACGACGAAAACGAUUAGAGCAUAUCAUCAAUUGGGUUUUUCCAAAAGAAAGGCAAAACAGAAAAGAAAGGCGUCCCCCUUUUUUCGCGAAGACUGUAUACAACUUGUUGCAUCUGUAAAAAAAGAGAAAAAAAAAUACCUACUCAUUUAUCUUCAAGAGAGUGCAUGCAUAUUGAAUAAAGAGCAUAAUUGUAAAAGCCCUCUUGAG